UGCUGUUAAAAUUAUUUUUGCGAUAGAAAUGAGGCAAAGGUUAUUUUCUUAGGAACUUGAAUUUGAUUUUCGUCAUUGUUAGAAGGAGCAGUUUGAAGUAAUGGAGUCCAGCUACGAGAGAAACAAACUUUCUGUCGGAUGACGGAUGUAAAUUUAGGAAUUCUCGGUGUGGCCAAGAAGAUAAGAUGUUACAUUGAGACAGACUAACUGAAGAAAAUGGCGUCGAUAAUUAAGAACCAGAUUCUUAAACACUUGUCUAAGUUUACUAAGAACUUGUCUCCUGACAAAAUCAAUUUGAGCACACUAAAAGGAGAAGGUGAACUUUCAAAUCUGGAGCUUGAUGAGGCAGUAUUAAUGGAGCUCUUGGAUUUACCAACAUGGAUGAAGUUAUCCAAAGCAGUUUGUAACAGACUUUUUAUAAAGGUUCAAUGGACUAAGCUGAAAUCCCAGCCACUGUGCCUGUUUUUGGACGAGGUGGAGCUGGAGAUUGAAACAUGUGACACACCACGCCCACCUAACAGCCCCGCCCAUGUGGCCAGCUACAGGAGUGGGGGCAAGUACGGCUUUGUGGACCGAGUCAUUGACGGAAUGUACGUCCACAUCAACUCUGUCCUCGUCAAGUUCAUCUCCAGGAAGUUCCAUGCCUCUUUACAGUUGUCCAGAGUUAAAGCUCACAGUGUUACUCCCAGCUGGAAGCAGUCAGAUGACCUUGGCCCCACAAAGAUUCGGGACACAGGGCGGGGGGAGAUGCUGCUGUUUAAAGAGUUUGAUUGGCAGACGACGAGGAUCGAGGCGACAGCGGUGGAAGGGUCAAGCUCAGAGGCGUUUCUCACCACUCCCCUCAGAUUCAUCGCCAACCAAUCCAAAAUCAGAGUCACCAUCAAAAAGAGGCUCAGUGACUGUGGGGUGAUUGCCACCAGGGUCAUGCUCCUCCUUGACGACCUGUUAUGGGUGUUGACGGACACUCAACUGAAGGCAGCCAUCUUGUACAUAAACUCGCUCAAGGAUAUGAUGGAGAAAUCGAGGCAACAGAGCAAAAACAUUGCAGCUGAGAAGUUAGAUAUGCAAGGAUUGAGUUCGCUUUACAACGACAAUAUGCAAAGCCAGCGUCCCCGAAGUCAGUCCAAUGUCUCCAAUGUUUCCCGCCUUUUUGAUAAAUUUGAUGUUCAGACAACUUCCUACCAUGUGGUCUCCAGUCGAAUCGACCUUCAUCUUUGUGAUGAUAACAAAACAGAUACAAAGUGCAUUCCUGGCCACAACAGUCAGAUUGAGGGUGGGGCGAUGCAGGUGACCAUCCACAAGCUGUCCGUGGACGUGUACCCAUUCUUCCCAGCAGACAAGGAGUUGAUCAAUUCCCAGGGUGGAGAAAGGAAGAACUGGUUUAGAUACUCAGACAACCAAGGAUCCAGAAAUCCUUGGGUUCAGCAACUCUUUACAGCCUUUAAAGAAGAAGUUUCAAAAGCCAAGGAAUGCAUUCCCUCCCCCUCUCCAUCCCCAGCUCACACUGGGGUCCAGAAAACCACACAGAAUGCUCCUGUCAAUCAAAGUAAAGCUCCUCCCCCAAGACCACCUGCCCCCAGAGCUAAUCAAGGUCAGGGGUCACCGAAUGUGAAGCAGAGGCGCAAAACCAAGCUGUUGGAGAGCUGCUAUGUGAUAAAGGUGGAGGAGUUCACCGUAUACCAAGUGUCCACCGCGGAUAACAAGAGGAACAAUCCUCAGAAGUUCCUCAGCUCUGACAAGAAGCACCUGCAUCUUCCCCCAGAUAUGUCAGUCAUACACGCGGAAUUCACUGAUUAUUUCUUUCCAGAGGGUAUUGACUAUCCAGUACCUCAUGCCAAUUUGUAUGUCCUCCUCAACCCCAUACGUCUGAAUCUGGACUGGCUGACCCUGCUCUGGGCAAAUUUCUUCAUGCUUAAUCUGUCUAAAAGCAUUGAAAGUAUUGAAUUGGAGGAUGCUCCAUUAGAGCAUGUAGAUAUGAAAUUGGAGGCCAUCAUGCCAAGGAUCGUUAUACCAGUGGAGGACCAGAAAUGUGUUUUACCAGAUUUCCCAAAGAGUGUGCAGCUUCAGAUUUCCAGGAUGUGUGCCACAAACACCCGUGUCAGUGGUGCGUCCUCUUGGGAAAGUCUGUCAGAAGUCAUCACAAACUACACAGCAUCUCCAUUAUUCUCAUCCAAAUCAUUUCCCAAUGACAAUAACAGCUUGAGGGCUGUACCAGACAAGUUUAACAAUCAUGCCAAAAAACUAGAGAACAAUUUCAUAGAGAAGAAAGCUUAUGACUUGGUGAAUGGCUGUGCAAAUAAAUAUUCAUCAGAAGAAAUUGGCAAAUUAUGGAAGACUAAUGUCCUGAAACGUGAUGCAAGCUUUGAUGUUUGGUGCUGUCAUGCUGAACAGGUGUGGCUAGAGUUCCUAGGGGCCUCCAAUGGAAAGGGCCGACCUUUCCCAUUUGUUGAGUCCAUCCCUGUGUGUCUCUGGAUCUCCAAGGCUCAGCCAAAGAAUGGAGGGGAUAACUCAGAGUCUUCUAAACCAUCCAUUGUGCCAUACAACAAUGGUAAUAGUCUUUUAAGUGAUGAAAAAUCCAGCAGCAGUGAACAUUCUAGUCCUGAGCGAGAGAGACGGAGAACUCGGCGCAUGCUGAAGGAUUACUAUUCUAGUGAAAGUGAAACCAAAUCGGGGGAAUCGGAAGACAGCAUAUUCCAAGGAUCUCAAUCUAACUGUGAUAGCAAUGAUAGCAAGAAUAGUGCUAGUGAUGAUAAUGUGCAAUACACAGCCACCAAGGUGGCAGACUUCAACCUCUUGGCUAAAAUUGGUCCUGGGCCCCUCAGGGCACAGAUGACCCACUCACAGUAUAUAUUUGUUAUGCGUCUGCUGGAGUCUUUUACAUUUUUUCAGACACAAAUGAAAGCAGACGUAGACUAUUUUAUAACCAUAGUGUCCCCUGCUGUGACAUUUUCUGUACCUUUAGUGUUGUCAGAGCUGGAGUUUGCAAUGCUUUGUCCGGCAGCAGCAGAGAAUGCUGGGAUACCCGUGACCUUCAUUAGUCCUCCCACCUCUACCAGUGGUCAGGACGACCUUGUAGAUGAGGUCAUAGAGAAGGAGGAGGAAUCAACCAUCAGUGACACCCAAACACCCAGUGAAAUUCAGGAUACUUCAGGCUCACCAAACAAAACAUUUCCCCAUGUUGACCUUUCUGAUCUUUCUCAUCCUGCCCUCGGGAAAUCCUACAGCGACUCAAACGUGCAGACUCUUAUACCAACCUCUGACCACCAGACUCGAACUCAAGGUAUCUUAGAGAGCAGUCUCCAGUCUCGUAACUCGCAGUCAUCUCAAGCACUCGGCUCAAUAGGCCAGGAAUCUGGGUACAGCUCAGAUGCCCAGCAAGGGAAAAAGCUUGUGUCAAAAACAACAGACUCAAUGAAAAAGUUCACUUUCAAAAUGUCAGGAUUGAAAGACAAGAUAAAAGCAAAGAUGGAGAAUUUAUCGGAUGACACCUUGAGUAUUUCUGACAGCUUGGACAGCAUGUCAAUACGGACGGACAGCUCGGAUGAUGACAUGGACUUUGAGGAAUUGUCACUUGAUGAUUUAGAAAUACCAGCUUUCAAGAAAACUCGUCCAGAGAGCGAGUCUAUGUCCACAGAUACUGCUGACGACUUGUCAUCUUUCUGUGCUGAGCAGAACGCAGCUGAAGCCAGGGGCAAAGAGAGGGUCUCUGUGGUGCUGUUCAAGUUGUCAGCUCUAGAGCUGCUGCUACAGGGGGACGGGGAGGACAUGGCUGCUAGGAUACAGGCCCGGCAACUCCUGACCCUACAGCCCGACAACCUGACCCUCGAAGCCUUCCAGCAAAAAUUCCUCUCUCCUUCAGGUUUCUUUGGUCAGGAAAAAGGCUACACAACAGAGACUCCCCCCACUGUAAUGCUAAAGUUCACCUCAGGCCCUAGCUCUAGACAGGACUCUUGCCCUGGGGCGGAGGAAGGCUUCCUGUCCGUGAAAGCUCACGACUUUGGCCUACAUUUCAAGACUUCCAGCCUGACCACACUUACCAACUUUAUUGAGGAUGACAAUGCCGGAGAGUCGACACCAAUGCAUGUGGACGUCUCCAACUUCAUGCUUAUUCUACAAGAUGACAUGGCGCCCCCCGGAUUCCCCACCCCCCCAGAACCCACCCACAUACAGAUACACUGUCUAACCAUUUCCCGAGGGAAGGACGGAGUUAUGCACCUGAAUCAAAACAUAGUGAAACAGAAAGAAUGCUCAAUAGACAACGAGACUAGUAUUGCUACCACAGACUUGAAUGUAGAAGUGCAAGAAUUGAAAAAUGAUGUUCAAGUGUUGAAGCAAGGGAAUUACGAGGAGCACCUUGGGCUGAAGUCUGUGAAAUUACGAUUACAAGAAUUGGAGGCUGAAAACAGAGUGCUAAGAGAACAAAGCAGGAAAUGUUCAUCAGAUGCAGAUUCAGUUACAAAAUUGAAUCAAACACUGGAAACUUACACCACUGAAAAUGCUCGUCUCAUUCAGAGGAUAGCUAAUCUGGAGGACGAACUACUGGCAGCGACCAGGGAGAAGGAUUCGUUUUUGGGGACUCUGGCAUUGCUUCAGGAGGAAUUAAGCCUCUCAGAGAGACGGCGGCAUGAUUCAGACAAAUAAAUUCAGCUCUAAAUGUUAUAGUGAAGAAUAGACAGUAAUAUAAAGUUACUAGCAGUUUAUGACAUGUUACUUUAUAUUGUUUACUUGCAACUUAAAUUUUUUUAUGGUAUUUACAUUGACAAAAAUGAUUUAAAAGUAUAGUUUUUCCAUUCAUAUCUUUAUUCCAAAAUAGUUUUGUACUUCUGUAGCCUUUUAUGUUCAAAGACUAUAAAAGAAGAGACUUUGUUGUUGACUAUAUCAAUGAGUUUUUAGUUGAACUAGAAUAUGCAAUAGACAUUUACUCAGUGUUGGGCAUAACAAGGUCAACGUCUCCUACAGCCAGACUGGUCUGCAGACUGUUCUGUAUGUUUCAUUAAUUAUGCAAUCUUUAAGGAGUCUCCAUUUCCUAAACUCUUACUGAGGAUUUGGUAGACUGACAUAUUCAUCAACUGUAGCCAUUCUAGGGAUUGAGAUUGUAAAUCUCUGUAAUAGGGAUUAAACAUUUCUGUAAUUUUAUCCCCAUCUAGAAAUAAUGAAAUGAACUUCAUGGCAUUGUGCUAAGAAAUAAACUUGUAGACAUUAACAUUUCCAGAUUUUAAGUAAGGCCCAAGGUCUUUGUAUCCCUAAUCAUUUAUAUUUUGUGAGUAGUGAUGUAAUUGAAGUAUUGUUAUACAACAUAUGAUUUGUAAGUGCAUUAUUACUUUUUUUCACUCAUUUUUAAAAUUGUCACUGGUCUUGUUUUUGCCUGGGAUUUCUCUGGUCAGAAUUUUUUUUGUGUUGCACUAAAGGCAUUGUCUGUAGAUGUUUUGUAAAAUGUUGAUGAUAAAGUUAGGAAUUGAACAUGCAUCACUGUUGCUUCAUAUAUGUUAUGAAUUAUUUAUUUACUUAGCAAUUGAUAUACCUGCUUUGUUGUGCCAACUCAUUAGUGGUGCCAUGUUUGUCUUUCAUAUACAUGUAGGAUGAUGUUGUGCUGUUUUGUCAGUGUUUCUUAAGUUUUGCUUCAAACUGUGCCGUAAUUUAUUAGGGAUGGAUCCUGGAUUUCUGUUAGGUUAGAAUAUGUACCCAUAGAGUUAUUUUUUUUAAAGUCCGACCCAAGUUAGACAAGAUUUUGGGGGGUUGGUUGGCGAGAUGAGUAAGUAUCAUUUGUUGUUUUACCACAGAGAAAAUCCCUUUGGAACUUUUGACCAGUGCUACAUGUUUACCGUAUGUAUUUGCCCCCAUAGAAUUCAGUUUUAUUUGCAGUUUCCUUGUGUGGCAAAGGUAGUUCAGGCCAUGAAACAUUGCUAAAUAUAUUUUCUGCCCAGACACUGUACUUGUGCUAUUUACUUGCUGUUUGUAUUUUGUUAUGGCAUUGUUUUGCCACAUUAUUCCCCACGAUGCUAUUUUGUAAGUGGAUUCAGGGGUAGCUCAGUGCUCUGUUAUUUCCAGUACACAUAUGUGAUAUUGCACUAGGAUAUUGCUAUUGUGACAGAAUGCUAUUUCUUAACAAUUAGUAGUAAUAUAUGCAAUGUUAAACACAAUGCCUAAUUUUCAUAUUUUCCUAUUUGUUUAGUGACACAAAACAGAUUGGUAUUAUAUCAUUAGAUUCCUUUUAUCAAGAGCUUGGACUUUGCAAAGUUGUUUCAAACAGCAAUGUAAUGUAGGACUGUCUAUUUCAUUGCUGGCCACUCAGCCAUGGAUUUUUGAAAUCAAAAAGAUUUGUCUGGCUUUUGAGCUAUGACUACGCAAUCUGUCACUUGAAACCAGCAUCAUUCUUAACUUGAUUUGAUGCAAGAAAAAGAUAGUUACAUCCUACAGAAAGUCCAAGGUCUUGUUAGAAUGGUUCUAUAUAACUGAUCAGCAUCAUAUUUAGUCAUUUCUGUUAUAUGCACAUGUUACAGAGAAUUGUAUUCAUAUUAGAAUUUUUUGAUUUACAUCCACGAGUAUUGAAAUGACUCAAUUGCAAUAAUCUAUGGUACAUAUUUCUCCUUGGGGUUUACAUAAACUGAAUGUCAGUCAUCUAUAUCUCCCAAGACAACUCCCGUUGAGACGUUUACACCGUUUGAUUUUUUUUUAAUGUUUUUGUUUUGUUGUAUUUUAGAUUUAUUGAUUUUGUGGGUUCUGCGUUCCUGACCUCUAUACACACAAUGUAUUCUCCGAUGUACUUGUAUGUUCUCUGUAGUCGCCGUACUUGUAUGUUCUCUGUAGUCGCCCGAGACUGAUAUCUGUUACUGAAUUAGUGCAAAACAAACGAUUGUUGUAAUGUCUUAUUUAUGGUAUUGAUUAGAAAUCAGGAUUAGUGGUCAUAGUCACACAAACACAGCAAUGUUUUGCAGAGCAUGCAUUAUUUCUGUUUCAACAACUGUAUUUUUUAACACUAUUGUAUGACCUUAUUUUUCCUCAGUCAGUGAUGUUAUUUUAAAGCAAUUACUGAUACGUGUCACCUACAUGUAUGGUAUAGGGAGAAUAGAAAACUGUAAACCAACUUUUAUUUGCGUGUGAGAAAUUUUCGCAAGGUUUCCGAGAGCCUCGUCUUCGCAAAUAUUUCUAGCCGUGAAGCGGUCAUUGUCGUAUGAUUGUUAUAACAAUACGAGUUUGGAUAAGGCUUUUUCACAAACAUUAGUCAUCGCAAAUUAGUUUAUCAGAAGUAAAUUGCGAAAUAAAGUUGUCGCAAGUAAAAGUUGGUGUACAGUAUUGUGUUAUUCAGUAUUGUCUCAAGUACACUUGACACACUACCUGGUUCUUUUGAAGAUCAAAUUUACUACAUUAAAAAGCUCAACGGACGGAUCAUUAAUGAUAAACAAGAACAACCAAACUUAGAUGUGAGAAACAUAGGAGUAACAUUAUAGAUGUGCAUGGCAAAAAUGUUAAUUUAUUUUCAGUAUUCAUAAAUGUCCAAGAAAUCCAACAUUGAGUGCAUAAAGAUGUUCAGAAAUAUCCCCUGCAAGAAAGAGCAACAGAGUCUGGUGCCCAGCAGUAUUUGAUCAGAUGGACACCAACUUCAUUAUCUUUUUUUUUUUAGAAGAGGGGAUCCUUAUGUUUAAAUGAUUGAUAAUUAUAAUGGCUCCUUUCCAGAUGGUUUGUUGUUUUGCAAUGUUUGCAAUAUUCCAUGUACAUGUAAGUCUGCUAUAGGUGUUAAAUUACUUUUUAUUGAGCAAUAUUCUGUGCAUGAUUUCAGGCAUUGUCAAUAUCUUUUGUUAUUGUAAUUAUAAUGAUCUGUUUGCUGACACCAAUCAAUACUUGAAUAAAAUGAAAUAUAUUAGGAUUUAUUUCGUAUCCAUCCUCUACAUGACAAUUAAGUAAACAUGUACUAGUAUGUUGCAUUACAUUACAUUGAUUGUUGACUGAGACUCUGAAUCCUUAGAAUCAAAUACUAUUUUAAUCAAACUAUGUCAAAAUAUUUUAUAAUAUAGACACCAAAAGUUAAUAAUACGAGGUAAAACAAUUUAAUAGAAUUGGCUUAAUUAUACAAUCAACAACAAAAAAGUUAUAGUCAAGGAACUAGCUUUUUGAUUCUUUUUUAACAACUUUAUAGCGUGAAUAUGUUAAGUGAUCUAUUUGCAGGUAUAAACCAGUGACUGUUGUAUUACAUGUAUUGUGUUUGCUCAAUCUGUUGGACUCUGUAUUUCCUGUGUUUAGUGAUUACAUAGACUCUGUGUAUUUCCUGUGUUUAGGGAUUACAUGGACUUUGUAUUUCCUGUGUUUGGUGAUUACAUGGACUCUGUGUAUUUCCUGUGUUUGGUGAUAACAUGUUAACCAGUAUGUUACAGAAUGAUAGUCUCCCUGUGUUAUGUUAUAACUGCUGAUGAUCCAUUAAAUGGGAAUGACAUC